CAGAAAAGCUUCCGCCACAAAAAGCUUAAACAAAACACAAAAGCUAUCCUGGCCCCUCCACCAAAACAUUGACUCGACAAACACAACAAAACCCCCCAAUCAACACACACACUCACUAGAAUAGAAUAGAAUCUCACUCAAUUUUACCCAAAAAACCCUAAAUUAAUCCCCAAUCUCUCUCUGCAGUCAUUUCUGUCGCCCUCACUCGCGACUUUCCGCCACUUUCUCUCUCUACACACCUUAUAAAACUAGGGCUUUCCCCACACAUUCACACCAAUGUCUAGCACUGUUAACGACUCUCAACAACCGCCUACAGAGCCCUCUCCUUCUGCGAUUCUACCCGUCUCCGCCGCUGAUUCGGCGCUCGUUGAAGCCUCCGACAACGCGGAAUUGAUCGCCCAGGACGAAGCGAAGCUCGAAAGCCAAGGAGGCGGAGAGGAGGAGGCGGCUCAGAUGAAGAGUGAUGAUCCGAUGGAGGAGGACGCGGAGGCCAAGGCGGCGGUGGUGUUUUGUAUUCGGUUGAAGCAGCCGCGCUCCAAUUUGUUGCAUAAGAUGAGCGUUCCUGAGCUUUGUCGCAAAUUCAGUGCUGUUGCUUGGUGCGGGAAGCUAAAUGCUAUAGCAUGUGCAUCAGAAACCUGUGCAAGAAUUCCAAGCUCCACUGCAAAUGCACCAUUUUGGAUCCCUAUACAUAUUGUGAUACCGGAACGACCGACUGAGUGCACUGUUUUCAAUGUUAUAGCAGAUUCUCCUCGUGAUUCAGUUCAGUUUAUUGAAUGGUCUCCUGCUGCGUGCCCUCGUGCAUUAUUAAUAGCUAAUUUUCAUGGACGGAUCACCAUCUGGACUCAUCCUACACAGGGAACAGCUAACCUUGUAAAAGAUGCUAGUUGUUGGCAGCGAGAUUAUGAGUGGAGGCAGGAUAUUGCAGUUGUUACAAAAUGGUUAUCAGGGAUGUCUCCGUACAGGUGGCUUUCCUCGAGAUCUGGCAGUAACACACCGACAACUUUGGAGGAGAAAUUCCUUUCCCAGCAGCCUCAAGCUUCAGCUGGGUGGCCAAAUUUUCUCUGUGUUUGCUCUGUCUUCUCGUCGGGAUCUGUUCAGCUGCACUGGUCGCAGUGGCCCCCUACUCAAAGUGGUGCAGCAUCAAAAUGGUUUUGUACAAGCAAAGGUCUGUUAGGAGCAGGACCCAGUGGUAUUAUGGCUGCUGAUGCUAUAGUAACAGACUCUGGAGCCAUGCAUGUGGCUGGCGUUCCGAUAGUGAACCCAUCUACAGUUGUUAUUUGGGAAGUUACACCAGGCCCUGGAAAUGGAUUUCAGACAAUUCCAAAGGCAAGUGUGGGGAGUGGGGUUCCUCCCUCCCUGAAUCCUCCUUCUUGGGAUGGAUUCUCUCCUUUGGCUGCUUAUUUGUUUAGUUGGCAAGAGUAUUUAUUAUUAGAAGCAAAGCAAGGGAAAAAGCAAACAGAGCAAGAAUAUAGUGACAUGGUAGCUCUUCAUUGUUCACCUGUUUCAAAUUUUUCUGCAUAUGUAAGUCCAGAAGCUGCAGCUCAGUCAGCAGCCACCACUACAUGGGGUUCUGGAGUUACUGCGGUUGCUUUUGAUCCCACUCGCGGCGGUUCAGUAAUAACGAUUGUAAUCGUUGAAGGGCAGUACAUGUCCCCUUAUGAUCCUGAUGAAGGCCCCUCGAUUACAGGAUGGAGAGUUCAACGCUGGGAAUCAUCUGUUGAGCAUGUUGUUCUUCAUCAAAUCUUCGGGAACCCGACUUCCAGUUUGGGGGGACAGGCACCUAUGCAGACAGUUUGGGUGACUAAAGUAAAUAAAUGCAUUCCAACUACCAGUGAUAUUAAAACCCGCCAAGUAGCUGCAAGUGGGCUAUGUUCUGAUGGGCGCCAUACAUAUGACGCAGGUGUUGAUGAUGAAAAUAGAGUCAGUUUUGAUCCUUUUGAUCUUCCAAGUGAUGUAAGAACCCUUGCUCGGAUUGUAUAUUCUGCUCACGGGGGUGAGAUUGCCGUUGCUUUUCUGAGAGGCGGAGUUCACAUCUUUUCUGGUCCAAGCUUUACUCCUGUUGAUAAUUACCAGAUUAACGUUGGUUCUGCAAUUGCUUCCCCUGCUUUCUCCUCUACAAGCUGCUGUUCAGCUUCUGUCUGGCAUGAUACAAGCAAGGACAGUACCAUACUGAAAAUAAUUCGUGUUCUUCCUCCUGCUGUUCCUAGUCAUCAAGUCAAGGCAAACACUUCAACAUGGGAACGAGCAAUUGCAGAGAGAUUUUGGUGGAGUCUAAUGGUAGGAGUUGAUUGGUGGGAUGCUGUUGGAUGUACACAGAGUGCUGCAGAGGAUGGAAUUGUUUCUUUAAACAGUGUAAUAGCAGUGCUGGAUGCAGAUUUCCAUUCUCUUCCUUCUACACCACAUAGGCAACAGUAUGGCCCUAGUCUGGAUAGAAUAAAGUGUAGGUUACUAGAAGGUACAAAUGCUCAAGAAGUUAGGGCAAUGGUUCUUGAUAUGCAAGCUAGGUUGUUGCUGGAUAUGCUAGGAAAAGGAAUUGAAUCAGCACUUAUAAAUCCAUCAGCUCUGGUACCAGAGCCUUGGCAAGCAUCUGGCGAGACAUUAUCUGGCAUUGAUCCUGAAGCAAUGGCUGUGGAUCCUGCGUUAGUCCUAUCCAUCCAGGCUUAUGUUGAUGCUAUACUUGAUUUGGCAUCCCAUUUUAUUACACGCUUGCGACGUUAUGCAAGUUUCUGCCGUACAUUGGCAAGCCAUGCUGUUACGACAGGCACAGGUGUGGGCCGGAGUAUGGUGACAAGCCCUACUCAAAGUUCCGCCUCUCCUGCAGCCACUCCGGGAAGUCAAGGUGGUACAGCAAAUUCCACUGGAAGUACUCAAAUGCAAGCUUGGGUCCAAGGAGCUAUUGCCAAGAUCAGCAGCGCUUCAGAUGGAGUCCCCACUUCAAACUCAACCCCCAUAAAUGGCCCUUCUUCUUUUAUGCCGAUAAGUAUAAAUACAGGAACCUUUCCAGGAACUCCAGCUGUAAGGCUUAUUGGAGAUUGUCAUUUCCUCCAUAGAUUAUGCCAACUUUUGCUUUUCUGUUUUUUCUUCCGCCGAACACAACUACCUCGCUUUAUUGGUGGAGCUCAAAGGAAUGCUGAUUCUGGUUCACAGAAAAAUCAGCCUAAUGGCCCAGGUAAGGUAGAAGAAAUCAGUUCUGUUCCUUCGAAACCCGCAUCAGCUAUGGUAAGGACGGAAGAAGGGCAAGCGUCUCGGGUUAAUCAGGGUGUACCUGGAGCAAAAGGAGCUGAGGAAGGUCCAGCUGGCAGGUCAAGGUUGGGUUCUGGCAAUGCUGGUCAAGGAUACGCAUUUGAAGAGGUUAAGGUUCUCUUCCUCAUACUAAUGGAUCUAUGUCGGCGAACAUCAGGGUUGGCACAUCCAUUGCCAAUAUCUCAAGUGGGAAGCAACAACAUACAGGUUCGCCUUCACUAUAUUGAUGGGAACUACACUGUUCUGCCUGAAGUUGUAGAAGCAGCCCUUGGCCCGCAUAUGCAGAAUAUGCCCCGGCCUAGAGGUGCUGAUGCUGCUGGUUUGUUACUCCGUGAGUUAGAAUUGCACCCCCCUGCUGAAGAAUGGCAUAGGCGAAACAUGUUUGGUGGUCCGUGGUGUGAUCCAGAGGAUAUGGGUCCACUGGAUGACACAGCAAAAAUGUGCAAUUCAUCUUGCUCACUUGACAUGCAAUUACCAGAAAGCUGCGAAGUGUAUCAUGGAGCACAAGGCCUGUGGCCAAGGAAGCGUCGGAUGUCAGAGAGAGAUGCAGCCUUUGGCUUGAAUACUUCUCUGGGUUUGGGAGCAUAUCUUGGUAUAAUGGGAUCUCGAAGAGAUGUUGUAACUGCUUUAUGGAAGACAGGGCUGGAAGGAGCUUGGUUUAAGUGCAUAAGAUGUUUAAGGCAGACUUCAGCUUUUGCAUCACCAGGUGCCAACACUCCAGCUAGUCAACAUGAAAAAGAGACCUGGUGGAUCAGCCGCUGGGUUUGUGGUUGUCCAAUGUGUGGUGGGACCUGGGUUCGAGUUGUAUAGAAGGCUUCUUUCAUUCGUUCUAUUAACUGUGAAAGCUUUGUGCAUAAAUCUUAAUGAGGCGUUCGAAUUGUGCUUCUUUCUGGAGGUGCCUAGUUGGGGGUAGAAUGUGAAUUAUGCACAACAGUUGACCUUUUUAUUGCUCACUCUGAAGAUUUUGUACUAGAAUGUAUUUAGCUGUUGGACGCUCGUCAUUAUCUCACUGGAUGCCAACACAGUUCAACCAAUAUAUUUACUUCCGACAAUACAAGACUAACAAGGCUACUCCCUAUUUGGGUGAAAAUAGGACUUGCUUGCUUAUAGUUUUGGAAAUAUAUUUUGCUUAUUUUGUAGAACAGAUAAAUAUAUGAUUCAUCUUUAGCUGAUCUAGGUGAGGGGUAAUAUGUUUGUAUAUAUAUACCAUUAUUGUCUCCCCAUUGACAUUUACAAUUUUGCGGAAUGUAGACGACGUGAAGGACUCAUUUAUAGAACUUAUGAGAAGAGUAGCUGGCUCGCAGAAGCUUUUAUGUGUAUAUUAGAAAUUCCUUGACAUUAUCAAUAAUGACUAUUAUUUUAAAUGUACUGAAUUAUCACAUGUUGUUUAGGAUCAAUUGGUUACGGGUGCCUUUGAAAUUGACUUGAAUAUUUAUUCU